AUGGCUAUCGUCGAAGCGUUAUCGCUUAUCAACAGCAAAGUAGCCGAACAUCCCCUGCAAUCAUUGGCCUUUCUUUCUUUCGCAGUCCCUAUCCUCUAUGUUUUUAUCAAUGAAUUUGUUCGGGCUUCGGCUCGCAUCCCUGGCUUCAAGGGCCCUCACGGAUUGCCUCUAAUAGGUAAUCUCGCGCAAAUUCGGAAAAAUGCUGCCGAACAAUACCGCAUCUGGUCCAAGACAUAUGGACCCGUAUAUCAGAUCCAGCUAGGGAAUAUCCCCGUUAUGGUGGUCAACUCUGCUGCAGCUGCCAAGGUUCUUUUCGGUCAUAACGCACAAGCUCUAAGUUCCAGGCCUGAGUUUUAUACUUUCCAUAAGAUUGUCUCUAAUACAGCCGGUACAACAAUUGGUACUUCACCUUACAGCGAAUCGCUGAAGCGACGCAGAAAGGGUGCAGCGUCAGCUCUCAAUCGCCCGUCCGUCGAGUCAUAUGUGUACCAUCUGGACGUUGAGUCUAAAUCGUUCGUGGCGGAGCUUUACAAGUACGGAAACGGUGGGAAGACACCCGUGGACCCCAUGGCUAUGAUUCAGCGGCUUAGUUUGAGCCUUGCCCUUACUUUGAAUUGGGGGGUGCGUGUAGCAUCUCAAGAGGAAGAGCUAUUCGAGGAGAUCACCGAAGUCGAGGAGGAGAUUAGCAGGUUCAGAAGCACCACGGGUAAUUUGCAGGAUUACAUCCCGCUUCUACGUCUGAACCCAUUCAACACCAACUCUCACAAAGCGAUAGAGAUGAGGGACCGGCGGGACAAGUAUCUCAAUUUGCUCAACCGGGACCUUGAUGAUCGAAUGGAGAAGGGUACGAAUAAACCUUGCAUUCAGGCCAACGUUAUCCUUGACAAGGAUGCCAGAUUGAACUCAGAGGAACUCACCUCUAUCAGUCUGACCAUGCUAUCCGGCGGCUUGGAUACCGUUACCACGCUAGUUGCCUGGAGUAUUUCUUUACUUUCUCUGCGCCCUGACAUUCAGGACAAAGCAGCAAAGGCUAUCCAGUCAAUGUACGGCGAUGACCAACCGCUGUGUGACUCUGGUGACGACCAGAAAUGCGCUUACAUUGUUGCUCUGGUCAGGGAAUGUCUCAGAUACUAUACCGUGCUCCGCCUAGCUCUUCCACGCACCUCUAUCAGAGAUAUAACCUACGACGGCAAGUUAAUUCCCAAGGGAACCGUGUUUUUCCUCAAUUCAUGGGCCUGUAAUAUGGAUCCGGAAGUUUGGAGUGACCCAGAUGAGUUCAGACCAGAGCGAUGGUUCGAGCAACCCGAUGCUCCCAUGUUUACUUACGGAAUGGGUUACCGCAUGUGUGCCGGCUCGCUCCUCGCCAAUAGAGAGCUGUACCUCGUUUUUAUACGUACUCUAAACAGCUUCCGCAUCGAACCAACUGACGAAAAAAUAGACUGGCAUCCUGUAAAGGGGAACUCUGACCCAACAAGCUUGGUGGCGAUACCGAAGAAGUACAGGGUGAAAUUCGUUCCAAAGAAUGAGGAUUCGCUUAUAGAAGCUUUGGCUUGA